AAUUCGACGUACGUAAUUUAUGGCACGUAUGGGGGAGCUGCGAGAUUGGCGUUUCAUCUUCCAAGUUUGUUGAUCGUAAAACACACAUGGAAGCGCGCGUUUCUUUUCUAAAGUUUUCUGACAAAACUUGAGGUUACUUUAAGAAAAGACCACCUGGAAAUCUUGGAAGGAGAAGAAGGCAAAAUGACGGCCAGUUGUUCCGACCUUCGCCAAAAACUUGAUCACAACCACCAUUCGCAUUAUGAAAAUGCAAGUUUCGGAAGCCGGAGACGACGACCAUUCGAUGUCAAAUAUGACCCCUCCAGGAGGCGGAGCCAUGAGUUUGGGAGGCAGGGUAACUAUGAACACCGCUCCUCCUUUGAGGACGACAUGGAAGAAGUGAAGAAAAUACACUCGGGUAUCAAACAGUACCAGCUUUUCUCGGAUGCUGAGAGCAAAGAAAUUGAGAAGAAGAUUGACGAAGUGGUGCAGAAUGGACUUGAGGGGAAAUACAGACUGCAUACAGUAGACAGGGCCCCACUACGUAACAAGUACUUCUUUGGUGAAGGCUACACAUACGGGGCACAGCUUUCCAAACGGGGGCCGGGCCAGGAGCGCCUGUAUCCAAAGGGAGAGGUUGACGAGAUACCUAGUUGGAUCUACGAACUCGUCGUGAAAAAACUAGAGGACAACAACCUCAUUCCCAAAGGGUUCAUCAACAGUGCAGUGAUCAAUGACUAUCAGCCAGGGGGCUGCAUUGUCUCACAUGUCGACCCCAUGCACAUCUUUGACAGACCCAUCAUUUCAGCGUCGUUCCUAAGUGAUGCAGCACUGUGCUUUGGCUGCAAGUUCUCCUUCAAGCCGAUUCGGGUCACCAAGCCUAAAGUCAGCUUGCCGAUAGCUCGAGGAUGUGUCACACUGCUCAGUGGCUAUGCAGCUGAUGAGGUCACCCACUGCAUCCGACCUCAAGAUGUGAAAGCGAGAAGAGCCGUGAUUAUUGUACGCAGGGUUUUUGAAGACGCGCCACGUCUGCCAGCCGAGCCAUCUCUCAAGAGCCUGCCCGCACCGUCCCAGGAUAGAGGGCACAACCCACGACACGGCCACCACAACAACAGGGGCAGCUCCAGCAGCGACAGGGCCCGCAGCUGGGGUUCGUCUUUCUCCCCAGCGGCCGAGGCCAAGUCCAGCAAAGUCCGUUCGGCCGUGGCACUGGUGGUAGAGGGGAAGCAGUCGGAAGCAAACAAGUCCCCUGCACGAAACAGUGAGGCAGCCAAGGACACAGGUGGUGAGAAGGAGGGCAAACGGGUGACGUUGAAACGGCCGGCUCUGGAUGGUCCGAGCAAGCGGGAGGACCCCCAGCAUCAGGGCAGCAGGCCAAAGGCGGAGCCAGUGCCCCACAAGAAGGUGAAGAUCAACAGGCAGCAGCCGUUUUCCUCAUCGUAAGUUGUUCAGGAAAUUCCCUCGUAGCCACGACUUUAUUCAAGGAUGCUAGUGACCUGGUUUGUAGUACAAAGGACAAGCAAAGCACAUGCAGGAAGCUUUACCCACAGCCACUUAAGUCUAUCAAACGUAAAAAGCAUCCUCAAGGAAGUGAGACUUCACCAGCAGCCCUAUUUCAGAAUGUUGGAGACAAGGAAAAUUGGGAAAGAUGACAAAAGUCUGUUUUGAAUAAAAACAUUUGGGGGUCACUCUUCAGUUUCAAAAGGGAAACGCCCGUGCAAGAAAGGGUGGUGGUGGUUUUUCGUGUUGUUGUUUUUUUGUCAAUGAACUUCAGAGAUGACCCACAUUCUGAGUAAAAAUAAUUUAACGAUUAUUCUAUAAAAGUGAACUAAUUUCAGGUUGAAUGGGUGUUACUAUGAGUUCACACUAUUUAGUAAUCCGUUGAAAUUUUGCUACAAAUUAACCAUCAUUGAAAAACUGCAGAAAAAGAGCAACAGCCUAAACACUCCUUCACCUAACCAAAUAUCUUACCAUUUUUUUGCCAGUUGUCUUCAUGUUUAUCCACACGAGAUGCUCAUUUUAGUUUAAUGCUCGUAAAGGUUCACAGAAAUCAAAUCCACAAAAAGUAUAUUUUGUUUUCGAGGUCACAGUGGAUGUAUUUUUUUAUUUUACCAAUUUACUAAGCAGUCACGUAAAAUGGGGGGGAUGAAUGUCAUUUCCCCCACCCAAAAAAAUGCCCCCUUUAAAACUUUUACCAAGUACUUGUGCCUGUGCAUAUAUGACUUGCUCCAUGAAAAUGAGACAGAUGUCAUCAGAGUCAUGUUUGAGUUAAUGGCUUCUGAAAAAAAUUGGAUGCUCUGUAAUGCAGUAGGAGCCCUGAAUAUUGUUUACCCGAAUAAAGUGCAAUGCUGCUGUAACCAAUACAGUAGAGCCCACUCAAAAUGUUCGUAUAAUGGGUGGUCCGGUAUAGCAAAUUUGAGUUUCCCGUGUACCGGUUCCAGCUCCGGAGUCCAGACCAUUCAAACAUGUGGCGGGCUGCCACACGAAUGCGUCUGGGUGGGGAUUUGGGGACAACGCUUCCAACCUUCAUCCAAAAAUAUCAAGUUCAAAUCAAUAGCACCGAAAUUUGUGAGUUUUUGCUCAGUGUGUGUACUCAUUUCCUAUAAUACUUCACUUUUUCAGUUGUUCUCGCUGGAAGUUGAAUUGCAAAAUGAUGUUAAGUUUCCCAUGAGUUUUUCUUUGAGUCAUUGCUUAAAAAAUGAAAAUGCGACAUGCAGAAGUCCAUUCUGCAGCACCAAAACCAGAUUGGGUACAGUGGUAAAAGUUGGCAGCAUUAAAAAUGUCAGGCAAGUGUCGUUAAAAAUGAUCAACAGCAGCGAAUAUUUUAUGAGUUUUCUGGGACAUAAGUUACAAGAGCUGCCGUAAUCUGUGUAUGCAUUUGUAGUUUCUUUUACCAUCAAUUUUUUCAUGGCAACAAAUCCUUGCCUUAGCGACAACGUGAAGCAGGAUUUGAUCCAAGUUAAUUGUGGGCGUGUGCUCGGUAGCCGGUUUCCAUGGCUACCUGUACAUGUACACACAUAGAUGUACAAGUACACGAAUGUAUGUGUACAUGUUCCCAUGAAUGACACUGACUGCACCACGUUUUUCAUUUUUGGUUCUUCGCGACUAAGAUUUUCCUUAACUUUCAAGUCAUCAUCAGUACUAAGUAUGUUUCUUUUACUGAAUACAAAUUUUGCAGUGUUUGGUAACAGUGCACGGAAUAUUUUGGGGCCAAAGGGGAGGUUCAGUACACUUUAUUGUUCAUUAUAGCCGUGUUUUAAUGUACACGUAGCAGCAUUGCACUGUGAGGUCCAAAUAUUCAUCAGGAUACCAAACUUAAUAUAGCAUCGAAGCAGAGGGUCCAGUUUGCUCAUUCAAAUACAAACUUAAAGGUCAGUUCUCACAUGACACGAAAGUGAACACGAAUUUGUGACAUCGGAUCAAAUGUGGCCUGUCACCACAAAAUGGCUGGAAGUCAAAAUUUUCAAAAAUUGAGACACAUGUAUUGGUGUUCUUGAAUUCAGCAG